AUGAAGUCAAUUCUUAUUGCUGUUACGGUAUUGAUUCAGUCAGCAUUGGCAAGUUACUUUGUUAGUGACGACGUUUUAAACUUGCCAAGAUACAAAGUUUCCUUAUUAACAACAGAAAAGAUACCACAAUCUCAAUUACAUGAUGCUGCCUUUAGCGAUCAAACAAUGCUGAUGAGAGACUCAUAUGGUCAGCCAUUUUUAUGCAACAUUCCUCAAGUUGAUCGAGAUGAAGCAGAGCAUCAGGAACAAAUGGAAACAGAAACAAAAGAUACCCAAGAGGAUGAGCAGAAACUGAUCGAAAGAGGGCUGGAGCUUCUUCAACCCUUAGAAAACAGCUGUCUUCAGUUUUAUACGCAUCAAUACUGGGCCUAUGAAUACUGUCACAAACAAUAUGUACGCCAGUUUCAUGUCGAAAGUGUCUAUGACGGUAGAGUAGAAAGGAAGAAGGAAACAGCGUCUCAUUAUCUGGGCAAAUACCCUGGCGUGACCAUUGAUCAAAAUCCAAUCAUCGAAAACGCAUUACUGCCAACCAUUCGAAGAGACAAGACAGCCAAGAGACCAGCCACGACCUUGAAGCAGGUAGGAAACCAACGCUACUUGUUACAACAGUGGGGGGAUGGAUCUACAUGUGACUUUACAAAGAAACCACGUACAGUUGAAGUGCAAUAUCAAUGUGAAUAUCAGGGACAUGACAGGAUUUCUUAUAUGGAAGAAAUAUCUACCUGCCAUUAUUUAAUUGUGAUCUCAACACCCAGAUUAUGCGAAGAAAUGAAAUUGUCUCGUAUCCCUAAACCAAAAAUACAUACUAUUUCAUGCACACCUAUUGUAUCUGAUAAACUAAUCGAAGCAGAAAGGGAACAAGAACAACAGAAACAAGAACAACAGCCAUUGAUUGAAGAGCAGAAAGAAGAAGAGAAAUCGAUGGAUGGUGAAACUAAAGAAAGAGUGAUUUCAAAGGAUCCUAUUUUAAAGUUGCUCAAUGACCUUAAUGAACAAAUUGACCUGUUGAAAAGUCAAGUCAAUGGUUAUUCAUCUAGUGACGAUGAUAUACACGUCAUGUUUAUUGAUGAGGAUGGCAAUUACAUUUCUUCAAACAGUGAGUUAAAGAAACUAUUAAAGUUAGAAAAGACUUUUAAGAAAAAGGAAGAAAAAGAGCAAAAAGAACAACCAAGACUCAAAUUGAUAGAUCUCUUUCAACAGCAAUAA